GAUGCGGCGGGGCCGGCCGUGAGCGCGGGGCCGGCGGGGAGCGGGGACACCCCCCCCUCCCCUCUCCCCUCGCCUCCCCUCCGCGGGGCGCCCGGCCCCGCCGCCGGACGGGCAGGCGCGGGGGGAGUGGUUAACGGCUCCGCCGCGACACCCCCGGCCCCCCGCCCCGCUGAGCCGCCCCGCUCCAAAUAAAUCAGCACCAUGACUACUUCUGGGCAUGGAACAAAGAGGAUGCUCUCCCGGGGCCCCGCGCUGCUCCUGGCGCCGCUGCUGCUCCUGUGCCGAGUGGUGGAGAGCCGAGGAGGGAUCAUGGACAGCAUACAGAGAUUUUCAAACCUCCCAGCGUACCUCCCUGCAAACUUUCAAAUCUGCAAUGCUGAUACUUUCUUCUUCCUCAAAGAAGCCAACCAGGAUAUCAUGAGGAACUCCAGCUUGCAGUCUAGGGUGGAUUCAUUCUUUAUAUACAAAGCCAGACUGCCACCUGUCCUAAAUGCCACGUAUGGACCCUUUUCUGUUGAACAAGCUGUUCCCUUGGACCUCAUGCUGACUUCUGCAUCUUUUGGUUUCUCAAACCAAUUCACUUUUAAUUGGAAAUUAAAAUCUCACAUAAUCAACAGCUCAAUCUAUUCCAACAAACCUAAAAUACAAACCUUGUUCUAUAUUGUGGGGAAAGACUGGGAUGACUAUAAUUCUGAGGAGAUGUUGCCUUGUGUGAAGAUGUUUGCUCUCCUGGAGUCUAGAGAAGUUGUGGCCAGCUGUAGGUUGACAGGUCAUCUGGGAUUAUGUGUUGCAGAGCUGGAAUUGUCUCCUACCUGGUUCAGCUCCCCUCCACCCUUGGUUUCAGAGGAAACAGCCUCCCUGGAAGGGAUUACUGUGGAGCUCUUCUAUAAGAUUUACACAGCAGAUGGGGAGUGUUCUCCAGAGGAUGAAAAAUGGGAAAACAAUAUCCAUGCAGGUCAAGAUAAUGAACAGAAGGCUUUGUCAGCUAUGGAGAGGAUUGGUAGCAUUGUUGUUUACCCAAAUCAAGAUGAAUUAAAACAGUCUUCAUUGAGGCUGGAUGAAAAUAUCGUUAUUCGCUUACCACUCAACCCGGUCAGAGAAGGUGACGUUGUGACCUUUCAUGUUGCCCUGGCUGAGGACUCUCUAGCAGACCAGUUUGUAUUAAGAAUUAGGACAGCCCCCGGUGUGAAGAUCCUGGACAUCAGAGUCAGUGAUGCAGACCAGUGGGGGGUUCAAGAAGAAACAGACAGCGCGAGGACCACUGCCACGGUGACAUGUGUGCACAACGACCCGAGUGCAGAGAGCAG